GUUUUGUUGAUUUCUAUCUAAUUGAAUUCUGAUUCUGUUGCUUAUGCAUUCUCCUAUCCGGACUUGAUCCUGAUACCCUAUGGAUAGGUGAGCAUGUUUUCUCGACAUUUCACAUUCAAAAUCUUUCGCUUCCAAUAUCCUUCAAAUUAUCGUUUCACCAGCACAGAGAUAAAAUUGCUUCCCAACUUCCAUUCCACAAAUUCGUAGCGUCUGAAAGCAAGAUCCAGAGCAUAUCUGAAAUCUACCUGCGCAGCACCUCAGCUGUUUCACCAAUGCUGGUGAUGCAGAUGAAGUUCACCAUAUCUGCUUGCACUGUGCAGUCCGUUCCUCCUCACUCUCUCGCCACCAAUCCUUCCAUUCUCUCCCUCUUCCUUCAAUGCCAACACCAAAACCAUCUCCACCAAAUCCAUGCGCACUUCAUCAAGACCAACAACUCCAACAACAAGUUCUACGUUUCCAAACUCCUCUCUCUCUACACUCAGUUUGAUCUCCUCCAUCAUGCCCGCCUUCUGUUCAACCAAACAAGAAAACCCAACACCCUCUUAUGCAACAUGCUCAUGAAGGGUUAUGAGCAACAUGGUCUCUUUGAUGAGAUACUGCAUCUCUAUCUCCAUAUGCUACAGGAAGACAUCAAGCCUGACUUUUUCACCUUCCCUUUAGUUUUCAGGUCUUGUGCGAGCUUGUCUGCUUUGGAAUUUGCUCUGUCCACUUAUUCUCGUGCCUUCAAAUCUGGUCUUGAUUGCAAUAUCUAUGUGCAGAAUUCUGCCAUUGGUGCGUAUUGCGGGCUAGGUUAUGUAGGUCUUGCGCGCCAAGUGUUUGAUGAAAUGUCUGAACCGGAUGUUGUCUCUUGGACGACGUUGAUUUCAGGUUAUUGUCAGGUGGGAGAUGUAAACAAUGCCGGGUUGCUGUUUGGAUUGAUGCCGGAGAAGGAUGUGGUUGCGUGGGGGGCUAUGAUCAGUGGAUAUGCUCAGAAUGGAUACCACAAUGAAGCUUUGUCUUCCUUUGUUGAGAUGCUUGAAGAGGGCGUAGAAGCUACUGAGUUUGCUAUAGUGAGUGCUCUGUCUGCUUGUUCAAACUUGGGAGUUUUAAAACUGGGCUUGUCUAUUCAUGGAUAUGUGGUGAGACGUGGCUUGGAGUUAUCUGUGUUCAUGGGGACUGCUCUAAUUGAUAUGUUUUGCAAGUGUGGAGAUACAACCAGUGCGCUCACCAUUUUCAAUCGAAUGCAUGAAAAAAAUUCAGCUUCAUGGAAUGCCAUCAUUGGAGGCUUUGCCAUGCAUGGACAUGCUGAGGAGGCAAUAGAGAUGUUUGUUCAGAUGGAAGAAAAGCAGGCAAUGCCGAACGCUAUCACGUUGUCUAAUGUUCUAUGUGCCUGCACACAUGCAGGACUGGUCGAGGAGGGCCGGCAUUACUUCGAUUACAUGAUAAAUAGAUAUGGAAUUGAACCAAAUGUUGAUCAUUAUGGAUGCAUGGUGGACCUCCUAGGCCGUGCUGGGUGCGUGAAUGAGGCAUAUGAGCUUAUUAGAUACAUGCCGAUGGAGCCAAAUGAAGUAGUGUGGGGAGCACUGUUAGGCGCUUGUAGAAUUCAUGGUAAUCUUGAUCUUGGGGAGAUUGCACUUGAGAAGCUUAUAGAGCUAGAUCCACGGAACAGUGGGAACUAUGUGCUUCUUGCCAAUAUGUAUGCUGAACUUGGUAGGUGGGAGGAUGCUGACCGUGUCAGAGCUGCUAUGAAGGAAAGUGGGGUGACUAAAACGCCUGGGUAUAGCUCCAUUGAAGUGAAUGGCUUAGUUCACGAGUUUCAUGCCAGAGAGUGGUGCCACCCUGAUUCUACUGAAAUUUAUGAAGUUUUAGCAAUGCUAACUGAUCACCUGGGGACAUCUGGUUAUAAGCCGAGGAUGAACCGUUACAAGAAUUCUGAAGAGGAUUGCUCUUAAAUUGACCGUUUCGUGUAAAACAGAGCAGGUCUGGAUUGCCAUCAAUGCGGCAGAACUCGACAGUUUGUUGGAAACUGUGGAAGACAGUCCUAGAGGAAAUUGAGAGCAAACUAUUUGUCUUAGUUCCCACCUGUUCCCAGUGAAAUACUUAGUGCUUAACUCUAAUAAUAAGUAUCUUAAGCCUAGUACUGGA